UUAAUGAGCAGAGGAGCCCUAACCAGACAGAUGGAUGUGUCUCUUGCUCUGAGCGCCAAAAACAGAUGGCAAGGCAUCUUUCUCGAGAAAAACUUUUAAAACAGAAGUGAAACUUAUUAAAUGAGUAGUUCCGCUGUGGAUUCUCAUGAAUACAAAAACUGACAGUGUGCAUUCAUAAUGGAGCUCGUCCCAAAAACCAAGUACACCCACUUUCGCAGUGAAUCCCUGAGCUCCACAGAUGAAACCAACUCUAACCCAUCACCGUUUCCCGCCUGCAGCCCGACCACACCCCUCACUCCCUCUCCAGGCCUGCCCUCAUCCCUGUCCUCCUCCUCUCUCACGCCCAUGCUCCCCCCGGCUUCCCCGCGCCAAGCUGAGAACAGCCCCACCACAUUGUGCUCCUUCUUCCCCAGGAUGGCCUCUCUGCGCCUGGGGGUCUCUGCCACUCUACUCCCAGGUCUCAGGGCUGUGGGCAGGCCGCAGACCCUCCCUGCAGCACCUGUUGAGUCUAUGGGAGAGGAGAGGAGCAGCCCAGGCUCUUCCUCCUCCUCCCCUCCUCCUCACCUCUCUGUCCCAGUGCUAACCGCCCCCUCUCCCCCUCCUCGCCCUCCUCUGCAGGACAUGAACCGGCUGGGAGUGGCGUCCAGGCGGGCCCGUGUGGAAGGGGGGCAGCUGGGGGGAGAUGAGUGGACACGCCAUGGCUCCUUUGUCAACAAGCCCACCCGCGGCUGGCUCCACUCCGACAAUGUGGUCAGCACCUCCGGUGUCUCCUACAGUGUACGGUACAUGGGAUGUGUGGAGGUGCUUCAGUCCAUGCGGGCCUUAGACUUCAACACCAGGACCCAGGUCACCAGGGAGGCCAUCUCUGUGGUGUGUGAAGCCGUUCCCGGAGCCAAAGGAGCCCAGCGCCGGAGAAAGCCUUCUUCACGUUGUCUGUCAUCCAUCCUUGGAAAGAGUAACCUGCAGUUUGCUGGCAUGACAAUCAGCCUCACCAUCUCGACCAGCAGCCUCAACCUGCUGGCCUCAGACUGCAAACAGAUAAUCGCCAAUCAUCACAUGCAGUCCAUCUCCUUCGCCUCUGGAGGAGACCCCGAUACAGCUGAAUACGUAGCAUAUGUGGCCAAAGACCCAGUGAACCAGCGAGCGUGUCACAUCCUGGAGUGCUCUGAGGGUUUAGCUCAGGAGGUCAUCAGCACCAUCGGUCAGGCCUUCGAACUGCGCUUCAAACAGUACCUGAAGAAUCCGCCCAAACUCGUCACUCCACACGACAGGAUGGCCCCAUUCGACGGCUCGGCCUGGGAGGAAGAGGAUGAAGAGCCUCCUCCUCCUCCUCCAGAUGUUCCUUAUUACAAUAAUUUCCCCGGUAAACAACCGCCUCCUGGUGGGCUGAUUGACAUGAGGACGCGCCCCGGGGCCACUCUGCCGUAUGGACAGCCAGGUCAGACUGACAUUCACAAACAGCCUCUCCCACCUCUUCCAGUGGGUGCCAAAGAAGGCGGACUUUUCGACGAUCCUUCGUAUGUGAACGUGGACAAACCUCGUGCUCCAGCUGCGUCCAAUGGAAACGCACACAGAGACGCUUUUGACAUGAAACCGUUUGAUGACGCUUUGGGAGUCUCUGGUCACCCGAGUUCUUCAACAGCAGCGCCCCCUCUGGUGGAGCAGCUGCAGUGCGAGACGUGGUUCCAUGGCAGUAUGAGUCGCAGAGAGGCCGAGCGGCUGCUGACCAGAGACGGGGACUUCCUUGUGAGAGAGUCCGGGACCACACCGGGCCAGUACGUUCUGACGGGGCAACAGGGGGGCCAGCCCAAGCACCUGCUGCUGGUCGACCCCGAGGGAGUGGUGCGCACCAAAGACCACCGGUUCGAAAGUGUAAGUCACCUGAUCAGUUACCACAUGGACAACAGACUGCCCAUUGUCUCAGCUGGGAGUGAAGUGUGUCUGCAGCAGCCGGUGGAGCGCAGAACCUGAUGCACCAAAGUAUCACCAAAAAAAUACCCGCAAAAAGUGCAUCUACACCUGCUUCGGUGUCCAUAGCAACACUACGCUAAAACUCAUCUCCACUCCGCACUGCAAAAAAAUGCCAAAAGAAAAAGAAUUCACUCUCUGCUGCUGCUUUGACAUAUCCAUUAGUUUAAAAAAACUUUUUGUCUGCCAUUCCACCAACUGUGACCACACCAGCCCUGAACGUGUGGGCACAACGCUGCAACUUCUCAUCAGCCAACUGUGAAGUGGAGGGGGGAGGCCUUUGCAACAUUCACAACUGAGCAGAAAACAAGGAAAUUAAUGCAAACUUGGAGAGUACAAUGAGAGAUUACGUAAAUAAAGAUUUUCUAGGAUUAAGAAAAGGACCUGACAUAAGAGUGCUUGAUAAAUGCUCUCCUCGGACUGCUGCCGUUGGUAAUCGUAACGGUUAUUUAAAUCAGGCAUAACAGCGGUUAUUUAAGAAGACUGUUUGGGACUGGUGAAUAUGUAUCAGUGAGUUUCUUCCAAUCUAAUCAGGAGUGCCCUCUACACAGAAACUGCUCCCGUUUUAAGGACUUUUGAACUUUGACCCUGGAAUAAACCUGGUGUAGAGCCUAACCUGUAUGCAAAGUGGAGAGUGCUAUGCCAAUAAUUAUCAUUCACAUUAUUUCUUGGGUUCAGACGUUUUACUUUUAGGAGGAUCUGUACUAAUCUACUAAAUACAUCAACACCUUUGUCAAGAAUGUACUUGCUUGGUGCAGUUCACGUGGUAAUUUCCUGUUUAAAGCAAGAGAUAAAUGGUUUCUAAUUUGUAAAGGGUGUGUUUGGGUUCAGACUGAUUGGUUAAAAGUCCUCAAAAUGGCACCUAUAAUCAAAAAUCUGAAACCCGUAUAUAGAUCCGUUCUUCAAAAAUCUUUCACUUUAUUUGUCCAUAGACAGAUGUUUAUAUUAAUAUUUUAUUGUGCAUAUGUUUGCAUUGACAAUCUUUGGGUUAAAUCUUUUGAGGAUGAUUAGUACAAACGUGGAGAGAUUUAUGUGAAAUGGCAUAGAUUUUUUUAAAAGUCAAAGCAAUUUGUAUUUGUAAGUCUAAGCAAUUAAAAUUCCUCUGCAAAAACGACGACAACUAUGCCAUAGCAGCGGUUGACUCUGUAUCAUGGUGCGGUGAGACACGAGGGAUUGUUUAGCUUUAGACAUUAUGAAUGAAUGUGGCUUGGCUUAAUUAACAUAAGUGUUUGUGGAGCACUGCUAAUGACAAGAUUCAAAGCCAAAUGUUGUUCCUCUGUGUGCUGUUUUCACAAAGUGUUGUAACGGGGAGGAUGUGCUCACUGUAGCCUCUCCCUCUCUCUUCACUGCAAAAAGAAAUAUGUUGAUAUGUUAAAAUGACUUGAAUUGAGAAUAUUUUAUUUAGAUCUGAGAAGAAUAUAAAUCUCUUUCAAAAUAUUUUUUUAGAACCGUUUGAUUAUCAAUAUAAUACUUUUAGUUUUUUCUGAUUUCAAGUGUAACAAGUCCAGUUAUUCCUGUUUCAUUUGCCACAUAAAUAUCCUUUAUAGGUCAAAUCUUCUCAAAUCAAGAUAAAGUAUGUUUAAUUCCAGUACAGUUGACUUGUCCAGAUAUGACUUUCUGCAGUGUUUUUAGUCAUGUUGGUUUUAUAUCCUUUUUAAUUGUGCCUUGUUUCUUCAAUGCAGUCACUCCGAUGCAGCCACCUUGUGUACUUAACCCAAAUGUAGUUCACUGCAGGAGACUCUCUCAGUUAAAACCACAACGCAAAAACUUCAAAAUCUUCAAAAACCAGUCCGUGAUGGCAAUCUCACUCAGUGCACGCCCUGCAUUCAGCGUACAGCCACAGAUACUUGAUGUCAACGUUGGAGGGAUAUUUCCGAGAUAAUUUGUAAAUAGCGUUUUUGGUUGUUUAGCUUUGUAUUUGCGCUGGACACUUCAUUUUACACUUGUGUAUUAUAAAACUGAGCUAGUCGCCACAGCAUAUAAAAAGCUGCACUGUGUCAUUUUUCAAGCAGGGUUCCAUCAUCUUCUUGUCACCAUGGAGAUGAUAUCGCUUUGCCUGGGAUGCUACAAAGAGUGGCAUUAAAUUUAUAUUGUUUUUAUUCAAUUGCACAUGUUAAUUCUUACUGUGAGUGGGCUUGCCUCUCCACAGAUUUGACCUGUAACUUGAUCAGUGCCGUGUGUUGCUUGUUUCCAGAUAGGAGAUAGAUUUUGUUUAGUUUAGCGCCAUGCUGUGGAACAUUCAGGAAAUGCAAUAACAUCUCUCUGGAGACAAGUAGAUGUAGAAAACCCUCUCCCAGAAAAGUUACACAGUGCAGCUUAAAUGUCAAAGUGUGGGAGAUACGUGGAAACAAUCUUGACUAAGGAUUUUUUUGACCAUUGAGAAGCUUUCAGGGCCUGGAGUGGGAUCAUAUGUAAAACUACCAUCAACACUCUCACAACAGAGGGACAGCUGGGUCAGCCACACACAGACUACGGCAGGAGGGAAGGGACAAAACCUCACGCCACAAGCUCUUGUGUGGCCAAAAGGGUGAGCUGAAUCGCACCUUUAUUUACUGCAAACAUGUCAGAAUGUUGUUUUGUCCCAUCCCUACUGUGCAGUGAAUGUUGUUUGAGAAAAAAUGCAUUAAAAUAUCAAAGGUUAGGGCUGUUCAAUUAUAUAAAAACAUUGCAAAAAUCACAAUUGCAGUUAUUUGGGUCAAAAUCCAAAUAUACACUGUCAAAAGUAAACCAGAAGAAGAAAAUUUAAGCCACUGUAGAUUAGCAAAGCGCUUUUCUCCUGGUUCAGUGUAACUUAGCUGCAUAUAAUUCAAUAUAUUUUUUAUCUGUUUACAUGUUUAUAAUUGAAUUGUAUAAAUCCUGAACAGUACGAUUCAUAAUUAAUUGAUUACAGCCCUAUCACAAGUUCUACACUGCAUUCCCAGUCUGUUUGUGGUUGAGAUCCUUGUUUAAAAAAACGGACCCACCUGCCUCUGCGCCGUCUGUGACUCUGGCGUGUUGUUUAUCACAGUUGCCUUUGUUGCAUGAAACUCUUUUUGACGUUCUUGCUCUCGUUGUUAAAUGUGGGUGGUGGUAUUGUUGAUAAUGCUGUUGUAAUUUUAAUUGUUUGAAAGCCAAAGGUUACUUUCAAAUUGUGUGCACAGAUCUUGAUUUUUCUUUAUAUGUUUUAAUACGUUUUUUGGGGGGGGGAAUGUGUCUGUAUCUGAAAAUAGAUUGCAUAUAUAAAUACAUUGUAUCAUCAA